AUGAAAGGUUUAGUGCUUGAUGUCAAUACUAAUGCACAAAAUAUCAAAACUUUUCUAGAAGAUGAGAAGUUUUUCGAUACAUUUGAGAUGACACAAGCAAGAAGAAUCUUAUCAAAUACAAGAUUAUCAACUGAAGAUUACAUUUCAAUGUUAAAACAGGGAUCAGAUAAAUAUGAUUCUCAUGACUUAUUUUAUACCAUUCAAAAUACACACAUUUCUCUGAAUAAUCUUGAUGAAACUCUAAUGAUUCUUAAUUCUCUUCAAAAAUAUUUAAAACUAGCAAUUUUAGAAGAUUUAAUCAAUAUACUAAAUCCUUUUAUUGAAAGAACAAGAGAUACUAGGCAAAAUUUAAAAGAAAAAAAUACAGUAUGCGGAGAUGUUGAUCCUAUAGAAGAAGAUCAAAAUACAUCCGCUGGAUAUCAAAAUCAUGGUGGUGAUAUCAGCUGCGGCGAUAUUAGACUUGAAGAAGAUAGUUCAGAAACAAAUGCUGAUCAGGCUGAGAAACCGGAAGUUCCAGUACAAACGCAUAAAGAAGAUCACAAAAUGACGACUGUUGAAGAAGAUUACAUUAAUAAGUGGAAUAAUUUGGUAUCAACAAAUUCCCUUGAAACUCUUUUAGCACAAGGUAAAUCCGAAGCCAAAAGUUUGUUUAAAGAGCUUCUUGAUACAGAUUAUCCUGAUUUAAAUAAAAUCAUAAUUCAGAAAGUCAAAUCAGAAUCAAAAGUAAUCAAUAUUCAAUAUGAAGUUUUCAAUCAGAUGUCAUCAAAUCUAUCCAUUCCAAGUUCUCUCCGCUAUUCAUUAAUUCCAAUUUUAGCUUCAAAAACAACUAAUUUCAAAGCAUUCUUGCAGAACCUUCACAAGCAAAUAAAGGACACAAAAGCAACUCUUUCUGAUGAUUUUGUCAACAAUUUGAUCAGUGCAUUUGAUAUCUGUAACAAAUAUGAUGAACAAGUAACACAAAAUCAUGGUUAUUACGAAAUUAUUGUUCAAGAUAUCUUUGCCAAUUUGAUCAAUAAUAACAAAGAACUAGCAAUUAGUGAUAAUCUAACUUCAUUCCUUAAGAAUUACUAUGCAUUUCUUGAUCCAAAAGCAGUUGUUUCAUUCAUUUGCAAGAAGAAAUGCUUGCAAUUACAAAAUGUUGAAUCAUUGAAGAAUGGACUUCAAAAUCUUGGCGGAACAUGUUAUUUGAAUUCAACAAUUCAACAAUUGUUCAAUAUCAAAGAAUUCAGAGACCUAAUUCUCAGUGCUCAAGCUCAAAAUGAUAAAUACAUCACAGCUCUUCAAAAUUUGUUUUGUGAGAUGCAAUACAGUUCAAUUCAACAUCAAAUUUCAAUGAAACGCUUUGUUCAUGAUUUUACAUUCCAAGGUGAUCCAAUUGAUCCAUCCCAACAAAAUGAGGCUGAUGAAUUCUAUGUCGAUGUCAUCAAUAAUGUUUAUGACAUUCUCAAAGCCGAAAACAAUCUAUUCUUCAUGAAAAUUGAUGGUGAUUAUGAAGAUAAGGCAACUAAAAAUGUCAUUCUUUCAAUAAAUGAUGACAAACUUUCAUUCUUAAUCAAAACAGAUGUCAAUAAGACUAUUGCUCAACAAAUUGAUGAUUAUAUCGCACCAGAACCAAUACAACAAAUGUCGAAGGGAGUUAUGUAUGACUGUCUUUUGAAGAGAAAGAUCAUCAAUCUUCCAGAAGUCUUUGUCUUCAAACUUGAGAGAUUUGAUUCAUCUUCAAAGAAAAAUUACAACAAAUCUUAUCAAAUUCAACCAGAUUUUGUAUACAAUGGCGUUCAAUUCACUCUUUGUGGAACGGUUAUCUACUAUGGAACUACACAACAUGGACACUAUUACUCAUACUGUAAACAAGGAGAAAAUUGGUACCUAUUUAACGAUACUCAAGUAGCACAAACAUCAUUGAAACAAGUAUUGAAGGAAUCAAAUGAUUCUGCAAAUAUGCUUUUCUACAGAAGAGUUAACAACGGUCCUUCAUCAAUGACAUCGUUGUUGAAACAUGAUAAAAAGUUCAUGUAUAUAAUCAAUAACUUUACCAAAUCAUCAGAAGAUCCGGAUAUCCUUGUUUGCAGAUAUGCUACUCACAUCGAACUUGGUAGAAAUAAAGAGGCCACAGAAACAAAAGCAAAACUUAAGAAGCCAAUUUCAUUCCUUAAGAUAGAUGAUUUCUUCAAAGCAUAUCUUUUGCAUCCAAAUCUAAAUGUCAGGAAUGAAAUGCUCAAACUGUUCCAAGAGAACUUUGAUCCUUCAAACGAUGAUUGGUACUUUGAUUACAUUUCCGACGUCAUUUUAUCUAACAAAUGCUACCUUUAUGAAAGAAAGCAGUUUUGGGAUUGUUGUUUCAGAGUUUUCGAACCUGUUAAAACAAUUUCAAUUGUGGCAUUUCAGAAUCUUGCUUCAUUUUUCGUAAAUGGAUGCUUUUCUGGUAUCAUUUCUCAAGGCGCAAAUGUUCAGCAUUUGAUUGCUACAAUUAGAAAAUGUGUUGAUAAACCGACUCUAAAACAGCACUUAUACAAAUAUAGAAGUUGCUACGGAAUUUUCCUAAACUACUAA